UAACCUUCAUAUGAUCAGUUAUAGACGACGAGUUUCUUGAAAGUGACUUUAUGUGUGUCAGUCAACGUAACAGUUAAGCAGAGUUACCUAGUUUCUAAAGUGUAUACCUACUUUGUGUUGUUUAAUAACAAACAGCGCGUAUUUAAAGAAUUUUCAGAAUAUCGUCUGAAUAGGAAGUCCUGUUUUAAAUAACCGGAAAAUGACGUGUAGAAACAAGAUGACAAAUUGGAUGCAGCUAUUUUUGUUUUUCUUUUCAUUUAAUGUAAUAAUGUUUACCGGAACAGCAGCUUCUGUUCAAGUUCCGAAAAUAAAAUUGAAUAAUGGAAUCGAAAUGCCUGUGCUUGGACUAGGAACAUGGAAAUCUAAGCCUGGUGAGGUGACACAAGCUGUAAAGGAUGCGAUUGAUGCAGGAUACAGACAUAUAGAUUGCGCCUGGAUUUAUGGAAACGAAAGGGAAGUUGGAGAAGGGAUUAGGAAGAAAAUAAAAGAGGGUGUUGUUAAAAGAGAGGACCUUUUCAUCGUUAGUAAAUUGUGGGAUACUUUCCACAGACCGAAGGACGUUGAACCAGCUUUAAGACAGUCCUUGAAUGCUCUCGGACUAGAUUAUCUUGACUUGUAUUUAAUUCAUGGGCCAACAGGAUUAAAGCCAGGAAGUGACUCAUAUCCCUUAAACAAAAAUGGGUUUGUUAUUCCUGAUGGAGUGGACUACGUCGAUACAUGGAAAGCCAUGGAAGAAGUUUAUAAAAAGGGCCUCACAAGAUCAAUUGGGGUUUCCAACUUCAACAAAAAACAAAUUGAACGACUGCUUAACUCUAGCUCCGUUAUACCCGUAACCAAUCAGGUUGAAUGUCAUCCCUAUUUAAAUCAAAAGAAGCUAGCGGACUUUUGUAAAUCCAAAGGAAUUGCUAUAACAGCUUACAGUCCAUUGGGUUCUUCUGAUAGACCGUGGGCAAAACCCGGAGAACCAAAGCUCCUAGACGAUCCGAAUCUUAAAGCCAUCGCCGAUAAACGUAAGAAAACACCUGCACAGAUUAUUCUGCGUUAUCUGACUCAAAGAGGUUUUGUUGCCAUUCCAAAGUCUGUUCAUAAGAAUAGAAUUCAGGAAAAUAUCAACAUAUUCGAUUUUCAACUAUCCCCCGAAGAAAUGAAAUACGUUGACUCAUUCAAUCGAAACGGAAGGUUGCUCAGAUUUGAAUCGGGAUCCAAGCAUCCAUACUAUCCAUUCCAUGAUGAAUAUUAAACAACCGUGUUGUGCAGAAAGGAAAUUUAUAUCUCUUUGAUUCGCCUUACGAUUAAAUUUUUAAGCAGUAUAAUGAAAUAUAAUUCUCUAUUUGUCUGUUCUCAUACACUAAAAGUUAGUAAAAACGGACUUAAUAUGUUUUAUGUAAUAUUCGAAAAUAAAUCAUUUCAUUUUACA